CCCUUUUCCCCCUCUCUCUAUCUCUCUCUCUCUCUCUUCUUGGGCUGCACUACUUGCACUGAGCAAACCAAUUGAUUAGCUUUCUUCUAAGUCUAACCACUCACUGAUUUUUGCUUGCUUCAUUCAUCUAUGGCUGCGCUAGCAUUUCUAGUGCUUAUUUUGGCCAUGGCUGGCCACUCUAGUGCUAAUUGGUGCGUUUGCAAGAGUGGGAUAAGCGAAAAGGAGCUACAGAAGACACUGGACUACGCAUGUGGAGCUGGAGCAGACUGUAACCCAACACACUCAGGUGGGGCUUGUUUCAACCCAAACACGGUCCAAGCCCACUGCAGUUAUGCUGUCAACAGCUAUUUCCAAAAGAAAGGCCAGGCUCAAGGCACUUGUGAUUUUUCUGGCACCGCCACUGUUGUUACUUCUGAUCCUAGCACAUCUUCUACUUGCGCUUACCCUGCUACUGCCAGCGCAACAAGCAUCGGUACAACCCCGAUAACAACAACACCAUCCUCCACCACCACCACAACCACUGGGACGCCUUCAACCGCGACGCCCUACAGCACCACCACCCCAUCCAACGGCGUGCUAGGAGGGAUUGGAAACGGCAUGGGCCCAUCCGGCAUCAACGAUGAAAGUAAUGGCAUUCGGCUUACAAGCCAUAGUUUGUUCUCUUCUUCAAUGACCACCACCUUAUUCCUUUCAGGCUUGAUGCUUUGGUGGGCUUGAAAAGGACACAUAAUAAAGAAGGGUGUGGUGGGGUAGGGCUAUUAUUGGAAGAACCAGUUUUCCAAUGUGCAGAUGAGAGAAGGUUGGUUUGUGGAUCAUGUGAUUCUGCUGUUGUGUUGUAGGUGUUCAUUUUAAAAGACAACUCAAUGCUACUAAGUUUUUUUUUUUUUUUUUUUUUUGAUUAUUUUUGUUUUUCUGUUUUUGUCAUCUAUCAAUCAUCCUAUAUGGGAAAAGCUUAAGAUGGGAUUUUGAUUCCUUUUGGAUGGUGGUGUCUUCUAGUGGGACUUGUGGGAAGUAAGUAAGACUAGUUCUAGCUGUUUCUCCAACUUUUGUUCUCUGUUUUUUUGUACAUCUAUCUAGAUCUAAAAUGCUAAGGCCAGUAAUCUAUUAAUUUUGGUGGAAAAAA